GCUCAUUAAGGACUUCAAAAGUCAAGUUAAAAAUCUGAAUUGUAUGCUGCAGCAUAUUCAGUCUCCAGCACUCAUCUACCCAAAGCUAACAUGCAGGACUGCUUACCUUCUCAUAAUGUCCUCUGUGUGUGUGUGUGUGUUUUCCAGCUUCACAUCCCUCUGCGGCUGCUGUGUGCUGGGCUGCUGUUCACCUGUAAUACUGUCAUGUGGACCUUUUUCUCCAAAGCUCUCCGGCACUGCUCCUCUUCAGCCAGGGCCACAGUCACUACCACUGCAUCCAACUUCAUCUCCUCAGCCGUCCUGGGGCUGAUUUUUGGAGAGACCCAUGCAGCUCUAUGGUGGGUAGGCAUCUCUCUCACUCUGUGUGGACUGCUGGUGCUUCAUAGAUCCACGCCUCAGGCUCUUCCACAAGAAGAGGGUAAAAAGGACACAUGAGCAUGCA